AUGGAGGAGCUACUGAUGUACAAGAUCUAUGGAGUACCAUUCUAUAUGGUGAUCCCAUUAGUAGCUCUUAUGGUUCUAUAUGUAGUACUUAUGGUACGCUUUCUCAUUCAUAUGCGUAGUCUUAACGUGAGCUUUACGGGCAAGAAGAAGAAGGGGGUAUUGUUGUUAGGCCCACGAUACACUGGAAAGACGAGCUUUUUCCAUCUCAUUCGUGAUGGAGAACACGUUGAUACUGUCAGUUCAAUGAAAGAGCAGAGUUAUCAAUUCAUUGUGCAUCCAAAGUACAAUCCAGACAAGUUUGAUGCUGAACUCACAGUCAUCGAUUACCCUGGUCAUGAACGUCUCCGCUCACGGAUAGUAGACUUUUACCCUGUAGCAGGAAGCAUUGUUUUCUUCGUAGAUGCCAGCGACGUACCGUCGUUUCGCAAUGCUGCAGAGUUUCUCUAUGACAUUUUUGCGAACAAGAAGGUAAACGACCAAAUGCCUCCGAUCCUCGUGGUCUGUAACAAGAGCGAGAAAUCUGGAGCGGCCACUCCGCAGGUAGUGCGUGACGCGUUGGAGAAAGAACUGACUCAAUUAAAGACGACGCGCUCGUCCUUGGAAACAGAGGGAGAUGAUUAUGAGCAGGACCUGUCUCAAGUACCAGUCGGACGGGAUGAAGCUCCGUUCCAGUUUGAUGUAGACGCGCCGUGUGACAUCUCGUUUGUCAAGUGCAGCGUCAAGAACGCCGAUAUUUAUGAAGUAGUGCGCUUUAUUCAGCAAAAUUAG